UAGAUUGCUUGUUUAUUUAUGUUCUUAAAUGAUUGCUCCAUGUCUCUUUAUAUAUUUAGGCUGAUGUUAGGGGGUGCACAUAUGUAUGUGUUUCAUUAGGUACUUACUGCCCAAGUCAAAAGCAUCGAGGACCAUGGUUACAUUCUUCAUAUUUAUAUAACUGCAUUUCACUAGCUGAUGUUCUAAUAGCAGCUGCUUAUAUCAGACUGCACUCCCUGAUAACAUAUAAGUUUUGCUUAGCAAUCUAGAAAUUAUUUCUAUCUGUUUGACUUUUAGUUUGGAAUGGUCUUCCUGUUUUGGCAGGUUGUUAGCUUAUGAGCUUGUGGUUAUAUAUAUGUUUUUUGUACAAUUUCAAUAUUCUAUUUCGAUCAUUUGAUUCCUGGGAUGAUGGUUAAUGCACGCGUCCAUUCAGUUCUUGAAAAUGGAGUCAUGUUAUCAUUUCUUACUUAUUUCAGUGGAACAGUUGAUAUUUUUUAAUUUGUUGAAUUCCUUCCCCUCUGGUAAUUGGAAAGAUGAUUACAGUAAGAAUAAGAAGGUAAAUGCUCGCAUCCUGUUCGUUGAUCCAUCAACAAGAGCAUCCUGUAAAGUCAGCUUCUGUAGAAACUAGAAGUGCUAUUAUUUUAUUGAGUAUUCUUUCAUUUCAGGUGGACGAGAUAUUGUUCAAGCUAUUAAAGAUGCAGACCUUUUUGUGAUAAAAUUUGGCAAGCUUUUGCUGUGUUCUUGCCAGUACAAACAAUUGGGAUUCAGGGUGAUCAAGGAACCCACUCCCAUGCUGUUGUUUUAAGGCAAUCAGCAGUGAGGAUGUUAUGAACGCAGAUUGGUACUCACCCAGGAUCAAGGAGAUCACGGUAAUCAGUCACAGGAAAGUGAGGAGAGCAAAGUUGUACUACCUGAAAGAUAAGCUUCCCCGCUUUUCAACCUUCAAGUGAAAUAAGAUAUGAUGACAGAACAGCUUCUUCCACCACCAUUUCGAUUUCUCGUAGCGAACCUUUUUUCACUUCCGCUGUAGGGUUGUAUGUCGAAUUGUAGUAGGGAUGUAUCUUGAACUUGCAUUAGGGAUGGAUGUUGGACUCUGUGAUGUUGAACUUCUAAUAGUAAACCUAUGAUGUUGAACUUUGAUGGAUUUUUGUUGGAUUUAUGAAAUCUGUGUGUGCUUGUGAUAUAUAAUGCAUGUUUGUGAUAUAUAUGUGAUGAGUCAUGUGUAUAUAUAUAAUAUAUAUGUAUUUAUAUUGGCAAAAAAAAGAUCAAUUGUCUGGUACUUUGCCGAGUGCCUAGAAAAGAGGCACUCGGCAAAGUAAAAAUCGAGUAUAAUGGAAAAAAUUCUUUGCCGAGUGCUUCAGUAGAAAACGCUCGGCAAAGUAUAAAUAAAAUAAAAUACAAAAAUCUUUGCCGAGUGCUUUUGUGGAAAACGCUCGGCAAAGUAUAUAAAAAAGAUACCGAAAAAUUCUUUGCCGAGUGUUUGGCUUAAAAACACUCGGCAAAGUUUUUUUUAUAAAAUAAAAAAUAAAUCUUUGCCGAGUGUUUGUCUGGGUAGCGCUCGGCACAAAAAAUUGGGGAAAAUAAAAAAUUGAAACUUUGCCGAGCGUUUUAGAAAACACUCGGCAAAAUAAAAGUUAACGGUGGGUGACUUAACGGUAGAAUUUUUUUGCCGAGCGCCGGAAGAAACACUCGGCAAAAAAUUUAAUUAUUUUGCCGAGCGGGACGAAAAAAAACGCUCGGCAAAGUCCCUUUGCCGAGCAGAAUUUUGCCGAGUGCACUUUGCCGAGCGCCACGUAAAAAAACGCUCGGCAAAGUCUUUGCCGAGUGUUUUUGGCCCUUUGCCGAGUGUAAAAACACUCGGCAAAGUCCCAGUUUCCAGUAGUGAUGUCACGGAACUGAAUCGAAUGAAUCCACUCAUCUUUCCCCUUUCGGUAGGCAUGAGAUCGGCUGAGUCUCUUUUAAUAAAGGGCCAACUCAGCUACCAAAUAAGCUCCCAAAUGAUACAUGGCUCAGAGAUGAGUGCAUACUACAUUACUACCCAAACCUCAGUCCUGGCAUACUUCUGCCUUUUCUUAUUCCUCUUCAAUCAUUGUUCUUUUCCUGAACCAAAAAUUUCAGUUACCAAUUUAUAUGAGGGCCUUUGUGUAUCAAUGGGAGAAAAGGUUUUGUGUUCUUACUAGGGUUCUUGUUUAGGCAAGCAACAAAUGAUUGUUGUGAGGGCCAAUUUUGCAACAGUGCAAAGUACCACUAACUGGUAUUAAGGCUAGCUAGAUAGAUCUGUUCGAAUGCAAUGACAGGAGCUCUACCUUUCUUUGAAUUGAGGAAUAGAAGUCUACAGAUGGAGAGGGCACGCUCCCUUGAAAAAAAACCAGGAAAUUGAUUACAGAUUUUCUUUGUUGAUUACCCCCUCCAAGUUAAUGCCCUCUUCCUUUGCUCAAUAUCCUCUUUGACUCUUGAAGCCACUUGCAUUACCGAUUCAUGAGCAUUGUUGAAAAUCCUUCUAUUUCUCUCCUUCCAUAGGAUCCAUCAAAGGUUUUUACAUGAAAAAUAGAGAUGUUCAAAUUCAAUUCCAUAUUUGUACUAAGGUACACUUGUGUUUAAAUCCUCCAAUUUCUGAAAUUGGAAUAACUCCAUGCCCCAGUUUUUCUGCAUCCAUGGCAAUAAAAAGAAAUCUAACCGAAAGCCCGAUCUCAACUACUGAAGUCAUUUUUUGUUUAAAAUGCACUCAACUAACUGUUGUUUGAUCCAUCUAAAUGUCGUCUCAACCUAUAUUCAUAUAACUUUAACUUGUUAACAAGUGAAAAUAAUUAAUGUGAUGUCACAGAGUAACUCUUAUGACAUCUCUCCAUAAACAUAUAGAAACAUGGUAGUUUUUUAUUCUCUGUAAGUGAUAUUCCUUGGGGACGAUGAGAAUUUAUUUAUUUUACUUACUUUUCCAAUUACACUUGUUUUAUAUGAGUUUUAUUUGCUGAUGUUGCUUCAAUUUAGAUCGAGGAACAGCUCAAGUUGUUCCGUGGGAUAUUUAAGAAGCAUUUAGAGUUGGAAAAGGACAUGCCAUUUCGAGAAGACAUAGAAAAAAUUGAUGAGUAUGAUAAGGCAAUGGCUUCUUGGAAUACCAGCAUUUUUCACAUAGAAGCCAGAGCAUUUUCAAUGUAUCUUUGCAUGAUAGCUAAAAAAGGUGUGAAGUUGGCUUCCAGAGUCAUGGACAGUGCAGCUUUAAGACUUGAUAAGCAGGAUGAAAUUUGUUCAUGUACAACAAAACAGACCCUUGCGAUGUAUGUAUCCAUCUUUGUUAAGCUAGCAAAGGAUGCACAUGAUAAGAAGUUCAAUGAUGAGUCUGUUUUGUCACUUCUUGGCGCUUUUAGGGGUGUGGCUGCAGUAGGCCACAUCAUGCUUCAGGAUGCCAUGGCAAAUGGUAACUAUGUUGGAUAUAGCUACCGUUUAGUGCUGGACGUAGACUACACUUGGUGUGAGUUUGGACAGAAUAUGAACAAUUUGGAAGAGAAAUUCAAGGCUGUUUCAAAGAGUACUAAGGCAUAUGAGAUCCUAAGGUCUACAAUGACCGAUGCAAUGAUACUUACAGUAUUCUUUAUCUCCGCGGUGGUUGCUAGACACGAAAGGCUACUACGUUAUGUCCCAGGUACCAAGGGGAGGCGUACCAUCAACCCUUCAGAUGACGGGGAACCCGGCGCUUCAGGUACGGCGCUUCAGGAAUAGAAGUCGUCGUGCCUUUUGUACGGACAGACGUGUGUGUUUUGUUGCUAAUCACCGGCUGGUUUUUCACUUCUACACGUGUGAUUUUUCACGCGUUACAGUUUUGCCGAAGAAAAUCUUUUAUGCAACUUGUUUGGUGAAUUUUUUUUUCUCGAAUAUGUAAAAGGCUUGCGAAUCUUUAUAUUAAAUAGGGAAGGUUCUUACAGAGACGCAGGCCGGGGGCCGGAAAGGGCCUAAUUAAGUUAUUACAAUCAGUACA